UUUCUAUCCACACUCCUUCUUCUGCUCUCACUCAGCUUUUAUUUUGAAGGACAGAGAAUUUAAACAGUUUUACAUAUCGAGUAAAAACAACUAAAACCGUAGCUGCCAACUCUCACGCAUUCGCCGUGAAAGUCACGCAAUUGAUUGAUUUCACAUGGUCUCACGCCACACCUCCAAUUUCUCACUCGAAAAAAAAAGUGCUGGUAGUCGUUCCACUCCUGUACGGUAGGUGGCGCCACCUUACAUAACUAGGCUACUACUACCUACAAUGACGAAUGAUGCUCUCCUGUAUAUGUCUACGCUCCUGCUAGUAAGAAGAGGAAGAAGAAAUAUUUCAAGUCUUGCACUUCUCACCUCCAGCACAGCAAAAAUUUGAACAUCCAAAACUCCAAAGUCCCAUCCCCCUCCUCCUGCAACUCCACCUCCCUCCAAACAAAGAGCAUGGAUACCAAGAGGCGAAGCUCCAUUGAAUUUCUGCCAACAGCCACUGGGGGCGCUACCGCCAGUUUGGACUGUUGAGCUUGGACUGUUGCGCCCAGACAACAUGCAAGAUGUCAAGGAGAGAGGAGAAAAAAAGUAAAAGAAAACAGUGUAGUGCAAUUAACUGCAACAACUAUGGAACACCCCACACCUGGCCUUCCACCGUUUCCCGAAGGAUCCCGACAGUACUUCACCAGCCGUCUGAAGGACUCCUCAUUGGUCCAUUAUUCAGCCAAUCAGACGGAGGCAGCGGGUGAACAUCGCAGCGUUCUGGAGGCCAAAUUCAACAACGUGAUGACGCUGUGCGCCAUGCUGCCGCUGCUCCUCUGCACUUGCCUCAACUCCUUCCUGCACUCACUUAUUCCUCAGCGUCUGCGUGUGAUGGGCAGUCUGAUCAUCAUUAUGUUUGUCUUCAUCGCUACCGCCAUCCUUGUCAAACUUCCUCUGGAGCCGCUGCCCUUCUUCUGCGUUACCAUGGUGAAGAUUGUCAUCAUUAACUCAUUUGGGGCAGUGCUUCAAGGCAGUCUGUUCGGGAUGGCCGGGUUGCUGCCAGCAUCAUAUACAACUCCAAUCAUGAGUGGUCAGGGACUUGCUGGAACCUUUGCUGCCUUCGCCAUGAUCUGCGCCAUCACAAGUGGCUCAGAGCUUCAUGACGCAGCGUUUGGGUAUUUCAUCACAGCCUGUGUUGUUAUUUUUCUGUCCAUCCUUUCCUACAUCCUGCUGCCUCGGCUGGAGUUUUUCCAGUUUCAUCAGGACAGAAACAGGAAACAGAGAGCAGACGAAGACAACUCAGUAAAUCUGAUGAACAGAGAGAAUAAUGACGAAGCAGCUGAUCAGAAUAAACAACGCGUCCCCAUGAUAGAAAUCUUUAAGAAGAUAUGGCUGUUGGCUCUGUCAGUCUGUUUCACCUUUACCGUCACCAUCGGCACGUUUCCCGCCAUCACUGCCGACACCAAAUCCACCCUCGCUGACGGAGGAUUGUGGGAGCGGUACUUCAUCCCCGUCGGCUGCUUCCUGCUCUUUAACCUUUGUGACUGGGGUGGGCGGAGUUUAACAGCCAUCUGUAUGUGGCCCAGGAAGGACAGUCUGCUACUUCCUGUGUCCAUCGUUUGUCGUCUCGUUUUCAUUCCUCUCUUCAUGUUGUGUAAUGUUCAACCUCGACUCAACCUGCCCGUCGUCUUCCAUCAUGAUGGCUGGUUCAUCUUCUUUAUGAUCCUCUUCGCCUUCAGUAACGGAUACCUGGCGAGUCUGUGCAUGUGCUUUGGUCCGGAGAACGUUCUUCCUCAUGAAUCUGAAUCAGCCGGAGCCAUCAUGGCCUUCUUUCUGUCACUGGGUUUGGCUUCAGGAGCUGCUCUGUCCUUCCUCCUCAGAGCACUGGUUUAACUGGGACACUACGUCUUCAUCACUGGACUAACUGGGACACUACGUCUUCAUCACUGGAUUAACUGGGGCACUACGUCUUCAUCACUGGACUAACUGGGACACCAUGUCUUGAUCACUGGACUAACUGGGACACUAUGUCUUCAUCACUGGAUUAACUGGGACACUACGUCUUCAUCACUGGACUAACUGGGACACUAUGUCUUCAUCACUGGAUUAACUGGGACACUACGUCUUGAUCACUGGUUUAACUGGGACACUACAUCUUCAUUACUGGUUUAACUGGGACACUACAUCUUCAUUACUGGUUUAACUGGGACACUAUGUCUUCAUCACUGGUUUAACUGGGACACUACAUCUUCAUUACUGGUUUAACUGGGACACUAUGUCUUCAUCACUGGUUUAACUGGGACGCUUCAUUCUAUCUCCUGAACAAACGGCAGCAUCACUGAGUUUUUUUCAGAAUGAACCAGAAACUGACGAAACACGUUGAGGAGCUGAACAAACCGAAAUUAACAUCCAUCCUGAUGGUGAUAGUACAGUCUGAUGGUGAUGUCAUGGUCUGAUGGUGAUAUCAUGGUCUGAUGUUGAUGUCACAUUUUGAUGGUGAUGUCACAGUCUGAUGGUGAUGUCACGGUCUGAUGGUGAUGUCAUGAUCUGUAAAAGACACUUGAAGUCCGUCAGUCCUGAAUUCUGUCUCAUGCCAUGACUGUAGUGGACAGGGCGUGUGUUCCCAAUAAAGUGGACAGUAAGUGUGUAUGUAUUUUCUGUUGAGGGUUCUGAGGAACAGUUGACUUGGACAUACAGAUGAAGUCUUUUUUCAUGUUUUCAAUUUAAUCGUGAUACUUUUAUUUUGAAAGGCGUAAGAGGAAACUGUUUGUGACGGUGGUGUCAAAUCUCAGAGAUAAAAAUAGACCAGUGCAGAGUUUAAGGUGGACCGACAUGUUUCUGUCUCUGCUUUGAUUUUGUGUCUUUAACACUGUCAUGUCUGAAAACAAACUGACUUCAGUGGAUUUUGAAAUUUUUGGGAACGUGCAGGGUAGGUCACAUGUCACAUGUCAUAUGUAUGUUAGUGUGUAUGUGUUAAGUCAUACAAUAAACUAACAGACGUGCGUGAAGG